AUGAUAUACAAUUUAAUGAAUCAGCAGUGCAAAGUUUGUGGCGAACCGGCAGCCGGUUUUCAUUUCGGUGCCUUCACUUGCGAAGGUUGCAAGUCAUUUUUUGGUCGAUCGUAUAACAAUUUGUCCUCGAUCUCGGAGUGUAAAAAUAACGGCGAAUGCAUCAUCAACAAAAAGAAUCGAACUGCCUGCAAGGCGUGUCGCUUGCGUAAAUGCCUCAUGGUAGGAAUGUCAAAAAGUGGUUCACGUUACGGGCGUCGAUCGAACUGGUUCAAGAUUCACUGUUUGCUGCAGGAGCAGCAGCAAGCCGCUCAGCAACAAGGAAACCACCAGAAACCAUCGCAACCAGUCGGCAUCCAUGCGGGAAUGUUCCAUGGAGGUUAUCCACAUGGGAUGUAUCCGCGCCCUCCGUGCACUAAGGAGGAAUUGAUGUUACUCGGCCUGGAAGAGUACAGUAAGCAUCCGUCGGCAUCACCAUCCGUCAGCUCUCCGGAUAGUCACAACUCUGAUAGCUCCAACGAGAUCAAUGAUCGUAGAAAUGCGCUGUUGCGACAGGGCAAACUUCACGACUCGCCACUCAACAAGGAUAUCUUCCUUCCGCUGCCGUUCGGAGGACUACCGCUUAUGCCACCGCCUGGAUUCUUGCCCUCGUCACAUCUCAUGUUUCCAGGCUUCCAUCCGGCACUGUAUUCCCAUCCUCAAGCAGGAUUGCUAAAGCCAGCCGAUACUCACCUAACGCUGCCAAGCUCACCUCUGGCCAACAAUAACAGCCGCUAUACGCCAAAUCAUAACACCGAAUCUAAUGUGCAUCCUUCCACCGGGCCCGUCCGAGAUAAUGACAAAUCACCCGACUCCUUCUCUAAGCGGUACAUUCUCGAUCAGGUCCUUGAAUCGCAACGUUGUCCAAGCAAUGGUACGACUGGAAGUGAUAAGGACGACCCCGAACCAGAAGAAGUAGUACCCGCAACAAUGACUCCUCCGCGAUCUCCCAUUAUAUCUGUUACGCAACCGACACCAGUGCUACGGCAAUCACAGACUCCCUCAGGCCAUCACAAUCAGCAAGAUAAUCCCAUCGAUUUGAGCAUGAAAACGGGUAGCAGUUGCACAUCUGUGGAUGAGCGUAGAUCGUCGAUGUCCGGUGCAGAAUCCAAUGGAUCCGAUGAUGAAGCCAAUGGUGAUAGCCGUCCUUCUUCCGGAAUGGAGAAAUAUAAAUGUACUGUGGCUGCCACUACGGCGCCCGUUGUUGCCAAAAAUGCUUCAUCCACCAACACCAAUAAUAACAACAGUAUCAGCAACAACCAAAAUCACCAUCAUGGUGCACUUCACCACUCGCCACGUCCUCACUCGCUAUCCCCAUCGCUACCGAACCAACACCACCGAGCGUCUCCGAUACGGUCAGAGUCUCCACGCCACUUGCAACAUCAUUACCAUCAUCAUCAUCAGCAUCUUCAGCAGCAACAACAUCGUCAACGCCACGUUCUUGCUCAUCACGGUGGAAGUGGCAGCGAGUCGGAGCUCGAGCCAGAGGAAACCGAAUACGAUCGUGAGGUGAAGCGAAUGAAACUACAAGGCACCACACCGUUGGACCUGACCACUAAGGUGUAG